UCCGUUGUAAACUAAUACGGUUUAACCAUCAAUGUUGGGAAUUCGUUUGGGACUCCAGGUGAACAUUGACAAGAAGGUUAGUGUACUGAUCCUAAUCUAAUUCUUAAUAAUAUACUACUAAUUUCGAUCGUCCCUUAAUUUUCUUCUCAUCGUCCUCUGCGGCUCUGCCCUUCCCCUACUUCUCCUAAUACGCCAGCAAUUAGUGCCCCUGCCUGCCAUGUCCUCUUCCGCCGCCGGCAACUCGUCGCGGUCGGCCUCCACCUCCACCAUCGUGGCUGACACGGAGACCGGGUACCACCUCCUCAAGAUCGACGGCUACUCGCGCACCAAGGGCACCCCCAAUGGCACGGCCAUCGCAUCCAGCCAGUUCAUCGUCGGCGGCCACCGCUGGCGCAUCUACUACUAUCCCAACGGGGACCACACCGACAAUGCAGAUUACAUGUCGUUUUACCUCUUGCUCGACGAAAAGAAAAACACCAAGACCAAGAGCGUGAAGGUGUGGACGCUGUUUCAGAUUUGUUUCGCAGACCAGGCAAAGGCGCUGCCUACACUAACAUCCAAAACAGUGAGAACUUUUGGUGAUGGUUCUUCUUGGUCUUGGGGCUAUUCGAAGUUCAUCAAAAGGGAAGAUUUCGAGAAGUCCAAGGAUCUCCGAGACGACUCUUUCACAAUCCGGUGCGACAUUGCCAUCGUCCGCGAGUUCCUUGUUGAGACGACCGAGGUGCUCCCGCCCAAAUCGUUCGUAUCCGUGCCCCCACCCGACAUGAACCUGCAGCUCGGCGAGCUGCUGGAGACCGAGAAGGGCGCCGACGUGGUGUUCGAGGUCGCCGGCGAGAGGUUCGCCGCGCACCGGUGCGUGCUCGCGGCGCGGUCGCCGGUCUUCGGCGCGGAGCUCUACGGCCUGAUGAAGGAGGGCAACGCCGCCGUGGUCGUGCGCGUCGAGGACAUGGAAGCGCGGGUGUUCAAGCUGCUGCUCCGCUUCGUGUACACCGACUCGUUGCCGGAGAUGAAGAAGAAGGACGAAGGCAUCAUGUGCCAGCAUCUGCUCGUCGCGGCGGAUCGGUACAACCUGGAGAGGCUGAAGCUGAUCUGCGAGGAGAAGCUGUGCAAGCACAUUAGCACGGGCACGGUGUCGAACAUGCUGUUGCUGGCUGAUCAGCACCACUGCUCCGGGCUGCAGAAAGCGUGCUGCAAUUUUCUCGGCUCAUCGGCGAACCUGAGUCCUGUCAGCAGGGGCUGGCUCUUUGUUAUGAAACAGCUUGUGUUAGGAUGCUGGUGCCUCCACUGAGUUAUGCUUAAUUAGUACUAUGUUCUAGCAUGUGGUUUAGAGACCUUUGUCAUCACAUAGUUCUCUUCUAUAUAUUUUAGCAAUGCAUGGAGACUUGCUGUUGUACACCCUGUCUCGGUGUCUUGGCUUGUACUAUCACUAUCAGGCAGAGCUGCAGAGGUAUAUGACCUUAGUAAUUCCAUGAAAUUUACGAGUCAUGAACAUCAUCCUAAGGAGGUAAAAGUAAUUCCAGUUUGACCGUGUGUUGUUACUACCACUGUAACUUUACAUGAAAAAAUUACUUCUUGAUUUGG